CCUCGACAAAAACCAACACUCAGUCAUUCAACGAGUCAUUCAAACCAAUCCACCAAAUUAUCACAACUAAACCAACGUGCUCCGGGAAUUUAACCAUUAUAUCUUACCAAGGUGUCCUAAGGUCGGUCUCGGGGGUUGUUACGCCGACUCAUAUAAAUACAAAAUCUUUAAAAACGCCUGUUAUGUGCGGAAAGUAUUUAUUUAUAUCGGCAGUGUGUAAUUAAAUAUUCUCAAAAGAUAACUAUAUUGGACCUUAAAAGCAAUGCACGGAAAGCAGAAGACUAAAUUUUCAACUUGUUUACAUACACCAUUUUCACAGGUCAAAGUUGGUCUGUUAUACAACAGAAAUGGUGAACUCAAAGUAAAACGUGGUCUACAUUGCCAAUUGAAGUAAAGAGCAAUGUAUCUGAUGUACCUUUAAAGAGAGCAGCGAUUGCAAAACAUUUAGCUUUCAACAAGAAAUAUAUGAGUGAUGAUGAGGAGAGCGGAUUCAUAAUGCUUUAUCCAGACUUCCAGGGAGUGAAAUACAUCCCAGGAACUUGUCAGAACUUUGUUCUUGAUCGCUACAAAGAAUGUCUGGGAAAGCCUUACAACAGAAUAACAUUCUACAUUGUAAACCGGGCUGAUUAUGCAUCUACCAACAAAGAAACCUCAUCAGAAGACGAGGAUGGUGUUGAAGAAGACAAGGAGUUGAUGAGAAUGCUUCUGCUGCUAAGACAAAUCCAGCAAGAGAAGAGGAAGUUGUGUCAGAUAGCAUUUCUUGUGAGGCCUGCAGAAGCAGCUGUCAUUGCCGUUCGCCGCUCCCAAAUAAGAUGGGAUCUGAUAGACAAGUUUAAAGAUCCCAGUUUUAUGAAUAGAAGAGUAGUGUUUGAGAUAAUCAAUGAAAGGGGGGAGAGAGAGGCAGGGGAGGGUAUAGGGGUAGUCUGUGAGGUGUACACUCUGUUUUGGAAUGAAUUUUCCAAUUCUAUGACAAUAGGAGAAAGAGAAAGGGUCCCUUUUAUUUGUCAUGACUCGUUGUCAUGGGAGGCAGUGGGUCGCAUCCUAGUUAAAGGGUAUGAAUCAUUUUCCUAUUUCCCUUUGUUCUUAUCAAAGGUGUUUAUUUGUUUUUGCCUGUUUGAUAAUGACGUCCAAGAUGAUUUAUAUCUUGACUCCUUUAAGAGGUAUCUAUCCGCAUCAGAAGAAGAACUCAUGGAAGAUGUCAUCAAAGGUAAUGACCCAACCACUGACGAGUUCCAAAGAUUUCUUGGAGAGAUUUUGGUUGAAAAAAUACGACCCUUCCCCAAUCAAACACACAAAAAUGGUGAUCCUCCCCGAAAAGCCAUGCUCGAGGAUCCACCAUGCUUUGCGGGCGCUCCCAAAGGUCAGGUAGUAAAAAAGGUAAUAUACCCACAAUUGUAAUAAGAAGUUGUUCACAAAUGGACAAUUGUAAUAAAGACAAUCUGCCAAUCUGUAUAUACAAACAAAGGAGGAUUGGGCACUUUGCCCAGAAGAAAAAUAUAUGUAAAUAAAAUUUCAGUUGGGAAGGAGCUAAACAUGCUAUUUUCCAUUUAACAACAAUGAUGAGCAUUUCAUAUAAUUGAAAAUGGCAAAAUUUUAGUUUUUUAAAAAGUUAGUGACUAUUCAUGGUCACAUUUGUGACUUGGUAUCAAACAAGCAGCUUUCUAUAAAUUGGAGUCACUGCUUCCCAAACUGCCAAAUGGUGAAUAAAUAUUGGAAUCAAUAAACUUGUGGAUAUUCUCAAUCAAGAACAUUUUGCACAAGACUGCUAUAGAAAAGGGGUAUGUAUGCUGUACAGCCAAUCCACAGGUAGCCCAAGCUCUUUAUUUGUCCCUAUUGAUUUUACGGUAAACAUUGGGCGAAAAACAAGAUUAGUGAAAAAUAAAAAACUUGUU